CGGUGCCCCGGAAGUGUUUUUUCCGUACGUUCUCUUCAUUGAUUGGUUGUGUUACCACUGGUGCUGAUGUGGUGUUCUGAAGUGAGCGAAGCGGCUCGUUGAUUCCGAUCCGUCUCUUCCACCGAACUCUGUCCGCCAGAACCCAGAACCAUGCCUCACUAUCAGACCUGGGAGGAGUUCGCGCGCGCCGCAGAGAAGCUCUAUCUGACAGACCCCAUGAAGGUGAGAGUGGUCCUCAAGUACAGACACUGCGACGGAAACCUUUGCAUCAAAGUCACCGACAAUGCCGUGUGUUUACAGUACAAGACAGACCAGGCCCAGGACGUGAAGAAGAUCGAGAAGCUCCACGGGAAACUGAUGAGACUCAUGGUGUCCAAGGAGACGCACAGUGGCUCCAUGGAGACGGACUAAAAUGCUCCGGAGCAGCUGGACCGAAUCCAGUGGACACAAUGGUUGUUAGAGCACAGGACCAUCACAGUGCCAUGUGGAGUUUGGGGGGGGGGGGGGAGGGGGGG